CAGUUCCGACAGUGAGUUGUUGACCGAAACAGGCUGAAGCAUGGCAGUACCUACCGGCAGAGCUGUGGUAUUCGUUACCGGGAACGCGAAAAAACUGGAAGAGGUAGUUCAGAUCCUUGGUGACAAAUUUCCUUACAAACUGGUUUCUAAGAAGAUUGACUUGCCUGAAUAUCAAGGGGAACCAGAUGAUAUUUCUAUACAGAAGUGUCAAGAAGCUGCAAGGCAGGUGGAUGGGCCAGUGCUGGUAGAGGACACCUGUCUGUGCUUCAGGGCACUAGGAGGACUACCAGGACCUUACAUAAAAUGGUUCUUAGAUAAACUGAAGCCAGAGGGAUUGUAUAAAUUGCUAGCAGGUUUUGACGAUAAAUCUGCCUGGGCUCUGUGUACAUUUGCUUUCUGUGCUGGAAAAGAUGAGCCAGCUCAGCUGUUCAGAGGAAGAACUGAGGGCCGUAUUGUUGAGCCCAGGGGCCCAAGGGAUUUUGGGUGGGAUCCUUGUUUUCAGCCUGAUGGCUAUGAAAAAACUUAUGCUGAGCUCCCUAAAGAAGUGAAGAACAGCAUCUCCCAUCGGUACCGUGCCCUGGCAGCCUUGUCGGAACACUUCUCCAAGCUUAACGAUGCACCAGAGACCAAGCGCGCAAAACACCAAGACUGAGUACUGUUCACUUUCCA